ACCUAAUGAGGGCGGGAAGGCAACAGGUGGAUGGAGGAAGAGAAAGUAACAUACACUAACAAAGACAAUCUGGAGGAGAAAGAAGGCAGCUCUUUUGACAGUGUAAAGGUGACUCAAUCUGUUUCUUAUUCUGUGUGGAAGAGAAGUGUUUACUACUGGCUGUUCAGUGCACUCUGUUGCCGUUGGAAAUUAACUGGGGCAACACCUGAGAGGAGGCUGGUCGGGAGCAGAAAGGGAAUGCUUUCUCUCUGGAGAAUUGAGCCGCUGUUAUCCUCACCUGAUGGAUGUACGGGGGGGAGAGAGGCCUGAUUGGAGGGAACAUUCUGGGCCUGACUGAAAGACCUGUGCUUCGUUCUCAGCUCUGAGGUGGUUAUAUGGCCAGAAGGAAAUCCUGUAUCAAACCUGAUCAACUAAAGAAUGCUAUUUUCCACACUUGUGCUGUGACCUACUACAGUACUGAAGCUACUGUAUAUAGAAGAACCUUCUCUGGCCAGGGAGGAUUUAGAAGUCACGAAGCGACAGGUACAAGUCAACAAGAGACCCUAGGUCAUCUGGGAUUAUAACCUAGCAACAACCAUCAGGGGAUAGCAUUGUAAAGCAGACAUCACUCACUUGCUUAUAACACAGUUAUAACAUAGUCAUAGUAUUGUGACGUGACACUAAGUCAGUGUCUUGGUGUGGCUCCCAGGCCCAGACAGCCCACUCCUCUUUACGAUGCAACAGCCAACUGGAGGAGUGGAGCAGCAGGACGAAUCCUUUGAUUUCCUGUUUAAGAUCAUCCUGAUUGGAGAUUCUAACGUGGGCAAGACCUGCGUGGUCCAGAGCUUCAAGUCAGGACAGUUCUCAGAGAGGCAACAGAACACCAUAGGAGUGGACUUCACCGUGCGGACAGUGGACAUCGAGGGCAAGAAAAUUAAGAUGCAGGUAUGGGACACGGCUGGACAGGAGCGUUUCCGGACCAUCACCCAGAGUUACUACCGCAGCGCCCACGGCGCUAUGAUCGCCUAUGACAUCACACGCCACGGAACCUUUGACUCUGUGUCCAACUGGAUCAGGGAGGUGGAGCUGUACGGCGCGGCCAAUGUAGUGCUCUGUCUCAUUGGUAACAAGUCUGACCUGGAGUCUGAGCGUCAGGUGUUGUUCCAGGAGGCAUGCUGUAUGGCUGAGGAGAGAGGCAUCCUGGCAGCGUUAGAGACCUCAGCUAAGGAGGCCCAGAAUGUGGACGAUGCCUUCAUGAUGAUGGCCCGCGAGCUGCUGGCACGCUCGGCACUGCCGUCCGGCAACAGGCCCCUAGCAACAAUGACUCGCCCAUUGCGUCCUGCUCCGAGCCAACUCACGACCAAUCAACGGGCCAGCGGUGAUCACAGACAGGAAGUGUGUUGCUGA